AAAAAAAACAAACAAAGCAAAACAAAAUGUUUAGUCCAAAUUCCAAAAUUUUCUAAAAUUUUGCUUGUGACUCAUCAAACCUGAGAAAUUUAACCUUUUUAAUUUGCUAACAAGUAACAACAACGCCAUAGAAAUGACGAUUGACGAUGAGAGCUCAAUAUACGUGGGAGGACUCCCCUACGAUGCCACCAAGGACAGCAUCCACAGAGUCUUCGAGCUUUACGGUGCCAUCCUUGACGUUAAGAUUAUUAAUGAUCAUAGUACUAAAGGAAAAUGCUAUGGUUUUGUUACUUUCGUAAAUCCUCGAGCAGCAAAUGAUGCCAUCAAUGACAUGAAUGGCAGGACUAUUGAUGGGCGAGUUGUUAGAGUGAAUGGAGUAAGGACUAGAGGUGGAAGAUCCAACUUUGGUAGAGAAAACUUUCGACAUAAUGUUGAGAGGGGCACUGACUUGGAUAGAGGUAGAGAUCGAGAAAGGGGUCAUGAUCAUGAUAGGGAUCGGUAUCAGGAUCGAAAUGGUGAUUGGUCUAGAGAGCGUGAUAGAUCUCGUGACCGUGAGCUGGAGAGAGAAAGAGGACAUGACCAUUCACAUGGUCAUGAUCGAGCUAGAGACCUGUUCCUUUCAAGGGAUCGAGAUCAAGAUAGAGAUAUGGUAGAUAACGAACACAGCAGGAACCACGACCUGGGGUGGGAAAGAGACCAUGAUUUGGAUUUGGGACAAGGGAGGGAGUGGGACAGGACAAAUGGUCAUGAUAAAAGUGUUGACAAUGAUAGAGAUCAACAGCCAAAGAGACAGAACGGCAGUUUUGGUAUUAAUGACAGACGUGGAAGGCAACUUUCAUCUGAAGCAAGUGAUGAUUACAACAAUCAGGUAAAAGAAGAACUGGAGAGAUCAACUCAGAGGUUUGAUGAACUUACAAAGGAGAUUCCUCAGAUCGAAGAGAGGUUAGUAGAGAAACAGAAUCUUGUGUUGGAUUUACAGAAAAAAUCAAAGAAACUGGAGGAUGCAUUGAUUGCUUCAAAGAAGCACACUUCAUACCGUCAGGUGCAGUUGACCAAGCUUUAUAAAUGUUUUCUGCAAGUGAAAGAUUGCUCUGACAGACUUAAAAGCUGUGAAGAAGAACUCCAGACUCUUGUUGAUACGGCAAUGUUAGAAAAUGAUGUUGGUGAUGAUGUUGGCUGAAGGGAUAUGGGGUCCUAGCAAUUGGAAAUGCAUGAUGUCCUGUUUAAGUUUCAGCACAGAUCCGUGACACCUUUUAUCUUUUAGGGUUAGCAUGUAGCUUUUGCCACUUGGUAUAGAUUUGUGUGGAUCUAUCUAGGCCUAUGUACAUGUUAAUUUCAAAUCAACUGGAGAAGAUAUCUUGUACUAACAUAUGAUGUUCAGACUAUCAAUUUCCCUUAUUAUCAAGGUUUCUAGUUUUCUGUGUUUUUUCUA